GCCGGGGAGUGGGCUAGCCCCAGGCGGGCAAGCGGAGAGGCCGCCGCCGCCACUGGCCCGGGCUCGGAGGCUAUAAAUACUUGGCGGUCCGGCGCCGUCCGGUGGAUUCCUGCCUCUAGAGGAACUCCCCGCCCGCCCGUCUGCGGCGGCAGCAGCAGGGGGAGGACUCGCUCCCAGGCGGCCCCCGGGGAGGGCGCGAGGCCCGACGCCCCUCAGGCCCAGCAGCGCCUCGGCGGAGAGGGAGGAGGAGUUGCGCCCCCCGCCCCGAGAGGAACCCCCCGCCGCAGCAGCAGCAGCAGGAGGGCCCGUGGCGGGAUGCGGCCGGCGGCGAGCAGAGCCUGAAGGCAGACGACGACGACGACGACGACGACGGGGCUGUUUCCCAGGCGGCCUCCGCAGAAGACCCUCCCGGGAGUUGAUGACCGGCACUUACUGGCGGUGGUUGAAUCUUGGUGCGUGGGUGUGAAAUCCGGUGCUCCGGGAGGCCUAGACACUCCGUGCAAACGGGACGCUGGCGUCGUUUCCUUCUUUUUGUUGGAGGAUUCCGGGCAACUUUGGGUACCAGUGCAUGAAGAACGCUGGACAGCUGGACCUUACGCCCUUUUGUCGGAGGGCCCUGCAGUUACACGCAGCACCUGCUGCUUCGGGUGGUGAAAGGAACCAGAAGGGAGGUCUUGGCUUCUGUAGCUGACCAUGGCAAAGGAAUAAGCAGGGAAAGUCUAACUUGAGCAUCAUGGCCUCGGACUUAGAAAGCAGCCUUACGUCCAUCGACUGGCUCCCGCAGCUCACCCUUCGAGCCACAAUUGAGAAACUCGGGGGUGCCUCACAGUCAGGCCCCCCUGGGGCUGCCCGCAAGUGCCCUCCUGGCUCACCCACUGAUCCAAAUGCCACCCUGAGCAAGGACGAUGCCGCCAUCCACCAGGAUGGGAAGCCGCGCUACAGCUAUGCCACUCUCAUCACGUAUGCGAUCAAUUCUUCGCCUGCCAAGAAGAUGACCCUCAGUGAGAUCUAUCGCUGGAUUUGUGACAAUUUCCCCUAUUACAAGAAUGCUGGAAUUGGCUGGAAGAACUCCAUUCGUCACAAUUUGUCUCUGAAUAAAUGUUUUCGGAAAGUUCCACGUCCACGGGAUGACCCUGGAAAGGGUUCUUAUUGGACAAUAGAUACCUGUCCUGACAUCUCCCGGAAGAGGCGGCACCCACCAGAUGAUGAUUUAUCACAGGACUCCCCAGAACAAGAGGCAAGCAAGAGCCCACGGGGGACUGUCCCCAUCAACUCAGACACGUCACUGUCCCCUGAGUCCACCCCCCAGCUGUCACUGCAAAGCACCUCGCCGAUUGGCAGCUACAGUCAGAGCACCGGACCUGUGGAUGUAGCCGCCACUGUGGCAGGAGGCCAGGGUCGUGAAGGGACUGAUGUGCCACCGCCUCACUACAGCACCAGCCAUGACUUGAAAUUCUCCUAUUCUGAGAUCAACUUUCAGGACUUGAGCUGGUCUUUCCGGAACUUGUAUAAAUCAAUGCUUGAGAAAUCCUCCUCCUCCCAGCAUGAUUUCUCUUCCCUGCUGGGUGACAUGCAGCCCUCCAAUCACAAUUACUAUAUGUACCAGCAACAGCAGCAGCAGAUGCCCUCCGCAGUGGGGGCUGCACCUUCCCUCCACACGCCAACCCCAGAAGGCUGCCCAGCCCAGGGUGCCAAGCAGCAAGCCAGUGACAACUAUGGCCCGCCUCCUGUGAUGUCCAUCCACCCCUCUCCCAUGCAGCAUGGAGGAUAUCACCAGCAUCAGCAGCACCACCCCCACUCCCAUUCACAGCAGCAGCAGCAGCCAUCACAGGCUUCCAUCAACAGUGCUAGCUUUGCAUUUACCCCUGAUUGGUGCUCCAACAUUGAUUCCCUGAAAGAAAGUUUCAAGAUGGUGAACCGAUUGAACUGGUCAAGCAUUGAACACUCUCAGUUCUCAGAGUUGAUGGAGAGUUUACGUCAAGCUGAGCGUAAGAACUGGACCCUCGAUCAGCAUCACAUUGCCAACCUCUGUGACUCCCUCAAUCACUUCCUUACCCAGACCGGCCAGCUCCCUCACCUGGGAGGCCCACAGCAGCCUCCCCGGAUCUCCGAGUCCUGUGCCAUGAGCAGUGGCAAGCAAGAGCAGCCCAUGAACCAAGUGAACUCCUAUGGUCAGCCUCCACAUCUCUAUUCUGGACCAUCUCCAAUGUACCAGAUUCCUCCCCAGGACUCUCCAGCCUAUAAUCGUCCAGGUCAUCAUCUGGUUCCACGGCCACCUCCAGGCACCAAUGAGGAAAUCCCUGAUGAUUUCAACUGGGAUUUGAUCACCUAGCAAGUUACAGACUUAAUUGCACAUCCUUUGCAUAGGCUGUGUGGGAAGGGAAGCUGGAGGGGGGGGGGGGCGGCGGUAGGCUUGGUCACAGAGCCCUUCAGCCUCUUUGCCUUGCCUGUAUAUAGGUCUAUAUUCUCUACUUCUGCCAGAGAAGCUGCUGCAAGACGCUGCCGAAGAUAAUCCUUCCUAAUUCCCUGUUUUGGCCUCUUUUCUUCUUUAGUUUGUUGUUACUAUUAUUAUCCAUAAUUGUGCACAGCCCUUUCACUCUGUCUCCUGGCCUCGGAUUUGACAUGUUGCCUGGCAGCUUGUGAGGGAGGGCUUGAAGACUGUUUUGUGGUGCUGUGAGAGAAAUCCUGGAGGGCCUGUUUUACUUCCUGUGUCACUUGUGCUGAACGGUCCAUCAGUGACUCUGUUGUACCAGCUGCAAGCGUGAGAGAGCCUUGUGGAUCUUGAAAGUCUGUAAUAAUUAUGUUCUUUCUUAAAUGUUGUAACAGUGAGAGGGGAGGGGGAGGGGAGGGUGCUGAAAGGUGUUCUAAAGUCUGUGAGUUUUCCCACUCCAGCUGAGACAGCAACUUGAGGGAAACACCUGGGGCAGAGGAAGGCAGGCCUCGAGAGCGGGGAGUAGCUGGACUGGAGCCUUGCCAAAAAGAGAGGCAAUGGAGGUCUGUUCUAGCUGCAGCAUUUUGGUGGGGAGUGUUCUGCCAAUAGGGCCUGAGUUUCUGGGAAAGAUGUCUGGGGGGACGGGGGACUUGCCCUGUCUUGUACACUGCCCUUUUCCAAUCACUGCCCCAGGCAGAUGAGGCCGGUGCUGUUUGUGUCGCUUGCAUCCAUGUGCCCCCAUGCGGGUCGGACACCUUUAUGGAACCAGACUCCUCAGGGUGAGCCUUUCUCUAUCUUGCCUUCUCUAGUGAUGCAGCAAGGCUUCUUAUUUGAAUAUGCAGAGAAGAAAUGCAAAUCAAGAAGUGCCCCUUGACCUGCAAGCUUUUUUUUUUUUUUACAAAAAAUUAAAGUUCUAAAUUUUACGCCCCCUCAAUUCUCUGGAAGGUGUUGUGGUUUGUGAUGUGAGGAUGGAAACUGAGGGAGUCUUUCCCGCACUUGUAUAGGUAAACCGUUCACACUUCCUGUUUUGUGGUUGUCUGGAGGUGAAACGAGGAGUGCAAUGCUGAGGAGUCAGUGGGGGGGGGGCGGUCCAGGGAGGAAAGGCCAGAGGCUGGGAGUGGACCAGGGGGUGCCAAGAAGGGCAGGAGUCCAGCUGGGUGUUUUCCAGCCAUGUCAAGGAGCUGGUCCUGGCAGGGGCUCCCCUCUUUCCCUCUUUGUGUUCAACUUCUAGCAUGCCUCCCACCACCCACCUCUCCUCAUGCUUUCCCUAAUCUUCCAGCAGCAAGUCUGCUUUGUGUGAGGGGGAACGAAGCUGGAAACAAAAACGCUGUGGGAACCAGGCUGCUGUGACGCGGGUGGGAGGUUCUUUAGCAUUUUAACUGGCUGCCUCAUUGGAUUGUGAGGGGGGAGGGACUUUUUGAUCUUGGGAGGGAAAGGGUCGUUGUUGGGUCCUCUGAGGAGAAUACCGGAGCCCAAUUUGUGGAGGAGCUUUAAUUAUUGACUGCCCUGCCCCAAGAAGAGGAUGGUGUGAUCAGGAGGUUCUUGUCGCAAGGAGGGGGAGAGAUCUCCUCCGGGUACCAAUCAGUGCUUUUUUCAAGAUACUUACAAACAGUCCUCACUGAAGGAUUGCUUGCCUUUCAAAGGAGGCUGGGGGUGGGGGGUUAAUAAAAGAUCACUCCUUUAUGUAUUCAGAAGGUCCUCAUUUGCAUAGUCAGUUGCGCCUUGUUUGUACAUGUAAAUAUAUGCAGGUCAGUGUGCAAGUCAGCCAGACCCGAGUCUCUGCCUCUGAACAACCUGCAUUGUUCCGGAGUGGGAUACCAUUGGAUCACAUAGAUAUAGUCAAGGACUCAGAACUGUGAGUGGCUGGCACCGCCUGCCCAAGGUGAGCUCCCAGUGCCAGCCUGUCUCCAGGAGAGGCAAUCCUCACCUGCCCACCUCUCGCAGGGCCACCCACAAUGCUUUCUGUCAAGGAGAUAGGAGAGAGAUGUGGCCUCACAAAUUUAUUUUUGUGCAUGCUUUCUUAAUAAAAAAGUGAAUGUUUAA